AUGAGAGAAGAAAAGAACAAAAGAACAAAGAGUAUAAUGAAAAAUUAGCAAAUUAUAUAAACUUAAGUAAAUUAAUUUAAUAAGAGUAAGUUAGUGCUGAAUUAGUUAUACAUAAAACUGAGGCUUUGGACAUGAUUAAACAAUUAGAAAUGUUAAGGUAAUUAAAUAGUUUAUAUUUAAUAGAUGA